UCACUGCGAGCUCGAACACCAGAUCGACAACAUCAGCCGGAAGCGUCAAGAAAGAUCAGGAGAAUGUCUUCCACACUAUUGAAGCAAACCCUGUUACGGAGCCGCCCGGCGUUGCCAGCCACGAUUCUUCCUGGUGCCGGGGCUGUCUGCUCUUUGCGCACAACGUCCGCCACAAAGGCAGCUGCAGCAACUUCUUCUACGACCACGGCACCAGCAGCAUCAGCAGCGCUAGCAGAACCACGAAAGGGCCUUUUGCAUCUGCGACCACCACCACCAGCGACCUUUCCCGUAGCCGAUGCCUCAGGGAAAGUCGCUGAACCGAAAUGGACCCCUCAAUCGAAGCGAACGGGCGUCGUAGGGAUCAAGAAGGGCAUGACGGCGUUGUGGGACGAAUGGGGUGUUCUGACGCCUGUGACAGUGUUGCAGAUUGUGGACUGUGAGGUGAUUCGAACCCGGUGGCAUGCUGGAUGCGGUUCAUACAUUGUAGAAAUGGGAGCCGUCGACCAUCCUCGGCUGCAUAACCUUAACAAGGCGCAGCUGUUUCACUACCGACGAUGGACGGUAGCACCAAAACGGAAAUUGACGGGAUUCCAGGUCUCACCCGAUGCCUGUUUACCAACGGGGACUCGCGUUGUAGCGGCGCACUUUGUACCAGGCCAAUAUGUGGACUGCCAGGCGACAUCAUCUGCGAAAGGUUUCCAAGGUGUCAUGAAGCGGUGGGGAUUCAAGGGGCAACCAGCAUCGCACGGUGUAUCUUUGACGCACCGUAGCGCUGGUUCAACGGGCCAAAUCGAUCCGGGACGAGUGUGGAAGGGAAAGAAAAUGGCGGGUAACAUGGGUAACGACACCGUAACGGUGCAGAACCUGAGGGUGAUGAAAAUAGAUACAGAAAACAAUCUGGUUUACGUGAAGGGGGCAGUGCCCGGGACAGACGAACGCUACGUCCGGAUAAAAGACGCCGUCCGGAAGGGAUGGUACGAGAAGGCAUUCCCGUCAGGAGUGGAGGUCCCGUUUCCAACAUUCAUGGGCGAUACAGCUUCGUUGCCGAGAGAAUUACUGCCAGCUCCACCGAAGGAUGGUGAACGGGAUCCGUUCUCGCGGCAGCGCAGAGAGCGUGAAGGCUAGAUUCGUUGCAUUAGAGCCUGAUAGCGGCGUGCUGCGCUGGGGUUCACACAACCUUCACCACACUAUGCUAUUUGCCAAGAUAAUUAUUCUUGUACACAUAGAAUCACAUUGCAUUCAAUCUAUAAGAAACAGA